CUUACUCCUCGUACCUAUCGAUUCACAAGAAACCUGUCGCACCUUUCCACCAUGCCGAAGGGUCAGAAGGUAGGUUUCAACUCCCUAUUCCAUGUUCACGUUCAUCUUCGAUACACCUGUUGUGCCUAAACCAUCCUCCGUCCGUACAACUCAACUAAUGCAGAGUCUUAUCCAGGUCACCACCGAAAACGUCCCUCCCAAGCACGAAGGUCCCGGCCCCGUCCCUCCGGAUUCCCUCGCGGCCGAAUCGAUCCGCUCCGGCGGUGCCUUCGCCCAAGGUAACCCGUCCGCCUCCGCAGGCGGCUCGGCUUCGCAGAACCCACGGGCAAAGGCCCCCGGCACCGCCCAUCAGAGCCACCCCGAAGCUCAGCAACCGAAGCAUGAGAAUCCCGAGCAGGGUGCGCCGGCGCCGACCUACAUUUUCCACCAUGGCCGUAACCUGCCCGACCCGGCCGGCCCACACGGCAAGAAUAUCAGGGAGGUCAAAGAAGACGAAAUUGACGAAAGUUGGACCGAGCCUGCAAGCAUGCCGGAGCCCGGAAGCAAAGAGGAUCCCGGGCGUGCCGCGUUGAAGCGUAUGCUGGUCAGCACCGCACCCGAAGUCAAGAUGGAUACCGGAAAAGGAAGCCAGGAGGGAGGAGACGUUUUGCCGUUAGAAACGCGCGAGGCGGGAUUUGAAGCGUUGGGAGGGGAUGCUGAGGCUUGAACCCAGAACAGCUGAAGAAUGAAGUAAGUGUACGAUAUGAGGAGGUUGGCAAAAGGAAGUCAAAAUCAGAAUGGUAAUGAACGUCUUGACAGUGGGGACAACGGGACAAGAACUAUAGAAUGGUAAUGAACGUGUUGAACAAGA